AUGGCUGUUCAAGCAUUCUCAUCUUCCUUCUUCACCUAUGGAUUCAGUUUCGACGUGUUCCUCAGCUUCAAAGGCACAGAUACACGCUACGGUUUUACUGGAAAUCUCUACAAAACUCUUCAAGACAAGGGAAUCCACACCUUCAUUGAUGAUGAGGAGCUUCAGAGAGGAGAGGAAAUCACACCAUCACUUCUCAGGGCAAUUGAAGAGUCCAGGAUUGCUAUUAUUAUACUCUCUGAAAACUAUGCAUCUUCUUCAUUCUGCUUAGACGAACUUUCCAAGAUCAUUGAUUGCAUUAAGGGAAACGGUCGAUUGGUUUUGCCUGUUUUUUAUGAAGUGGAUCCAUCUGAUGUGCGAAAGCAGAGAGGGACCUUUGGAGAAGCAAUGGCUAUGCAUGGGGAGAGGUUCAAUGAUAACAUGAAUAAGUUGCUAAAAUGGAGGAUGGCUUUGCAACAAGUAGCUAAUUUGUCCGGCUAUCAUUACAAACAUGGGGAAGGAUAUGAAUAUGAGUUUAUUGAGAAGAUUGUUGAAUUGGUCUCUAGCAAGAUUAAUCGUGCUCCUUUACAUGUUGCGGAUUACCCAAUUGGACUAGAGUCACGAGUGCUACAUGUAAAGUCGCUUUUGGAUGUUGGAAAUGAUGAUGGUGUCCACAUGGUAGGGAUCCAUGGAAUUGGGGGUAUAGGUAAAACAACCCUAGUUCUAACUAUUUAUAAUUUGAUUGCUGACCAUUUUGAUGGCUUAUGUUUUCUUGAGAACGUGAGAGAAAAUUCAAACAAAAAAGGGUUAAAACAUCUCCAACAAGUCAUUCUUUCUGAAAUGUUUAGAGGGAGAAAAAUUAAGUUAACAAGUGUCAAACAAGGAAUUUCAAUAAUACAACAUAGGCUUCAACAAAAGAAGGUUCUUUUGAUUCUAGAUGAUGUUAACAAAAUAGAGCAACUAGAGGCCUUGGCUGGAGGAUCUAAUUGGUUUGGUCCUGGCAGCAGAGUGAUCAUUACCGCUCGGGACAAACAUUUGCUGGCAAGUCAUGGGGUUGAAAGAACAUAUGAGAUCAAUGGGUUAAAUAAGACAGAAGCUCUUGAAUUACUUAGGUGGAAUGCUUUUAAAAAUAACAAAGUUGAUCCAAGUUACAAGGACAUUUUAAACCGUGCAGCAACUUAUGCUUGUGGACUUCCAUUGGCUUUGGAAGUAAUAGGUUCCAACUUGUUUGGAAAAAGUAUAGAAGAUUGGAAAUCUGCCUUAAAUUACUAUGAAAGAAUUCCAAAUAAAGAAAUCCAAAAGAUACUUAAACUAAGCUUUGAUGCUUUGGAGGAAGAAGAGAAGAGUGUUUUUCUUGACAUUGCUUGUUGCUUCAAAGGAUAUCAAUUCGCAGAGGUCAAAGAUAUACUUCAUGCUCAUUAUGGUGAAUGCAUGAAAUAUCAUAUUGGAGUGCUAGCAGAAAGAUCUCUUAUAAAGAUUAGCUCGGGUUGGGUGAGACUACAUGACUUGAUAGAGGACAUGGGUAAAGAAAUUGUUCGACGUAAAUCACCGAAAGAGCCUGGGAAACGCAGUAGACUAUGGUUUUCUGAAGAUAUAUUUCAUGUUUUGGAAAAAAAUACGGGAACGAAUGCGAUUGAAAUCAUAUAUUUGGAUUUCCCCUUAUUUGGCGAAGAAGAAGUAAUAGUACAAUGGAAUGGAAAGGCCUUCGAGAAUAUGAAAAACCUCAAAACACUUGUUAUAAGAAAAGGUCAUUUUUCUAAAGGUCCCGAACAUCUUCCAAAUAGUUUGAGAGUUCUAGAAUGGCAGAGAUUUCCUUCACAACAUUUACCAUCUGAUUUUCUCCCCAAGAAACUAGCCAUAUGCAAGUUACCCAAAGGUUGCUUUACGUCAUUAGAGUUGGUUGUCUUAUUGAAAAAGUUUGUGAGAUUGAAAGUUUUGGAUUUUGAUGAGUGUGAAGGUUUAACACAGAUACCUGACGUAUCUGGUCUCCCAAAUUUAGAAAAGUUUUCUUUUGAAGGGUGUGUGAAUUUAAUUACCAUUCACGAUUCAGUUGGGUUCCUAGAUAAACUUAAAAUCUUGAAUGCUAAUGGAUGCACCAGACUUGGAAGUUUUCCACCGAUCAAGUUGAGCUCUCUAGAACAACUCGAUCUUUCAUGUUGCUCAAGUCUCCAGACUUUUCCUGAAAUAAUAGGAAAGAUUGAAAACAUAAAAUAUAUUGACUUUUAUGAAACUCCCAUAAAAGAAUUGCCAUUAGUAUUUCAAAAUAUUACUCAGCUUCAAGAAUUAUUUGUCAGUGACUGUGGAAUUGUUCAGUUAACAAGUGUCGUUGUCAUGAAGUCAGAAUUGACUGUGAUUACCGGUUCAGAUUGGAAAAAGUGCCUAUUUCCAAAAGAGGAUGAGGUUCAAGAAAUCAUGGUGUCUUCAAACGUAGAAUAUCUUCAGCUUGAACAGUGUAACCUGUUAGAUGAAUUUCAUCCAAUAGGUUUCACUUGGUUUGCUAAUGUAAAAGAUGUAAAACUCUCGGGUAUUGAUUACACAAAUAUUCCUGAAGGUGUCAAAGAAUGUCGCUUUAUGAGCAAGCUUAAUUUGGAUGAUUGUAAACAUCUUAAAGAAAUGAAAGAGAUUCCACCAAACUUAAUAUAUUUCUAUGCAAGAAGCUGCAAAUCUUCGACUUCCUCGUCUAGAAGCAUGUUGCAGAAACAGGAAAUACAUGAGGCUGGAAACACCAUGUUUGUUUUAGGAGCAGCAAGGAUUCCAAAGUGGUUCAACCACCACAGCAAAGGACCAUCAAUUUCUUUCUGGUUUCGUAACAAGUUCCCUGCCAUAGCUCUUUGUCUUGUUAUGGACAACGUGUCUAAUGACUUUACACCAGUCGUGAUCAUCAAUGGUGACAUAUAUGACAAUAACAACAUGGUGCAAAUGGAUCAAACAUAUCUUUAUGAUAUGCAAAAGAAAAAACCCAACCAUAAUCGAGUGCCUUUAGAAAAUGAAUGGAACCAUGUGGAGGUUACGUGUGAGUUUUGGAAAAAAAAUCAAAAGAUACCAAUCCUUAAGGAAAGCGGAAUCCAUGUAUUCAAACAGAAAACUAAGAUGGUGGUUGUUCGAUUCACUAAUCCUUAUAGAAAUAGAAAAUUAGAUGAUAAUCCCAAUAGUUCAGAAUCACAAAACCACCCGUUGCUGAAAAAACAUAAGUUCGUGGACACAACUCAAUAG